AUGGAGCGUGCGGUGGCCCAUUUUGGGCCGGUCACCGUCUGCCUGAACAGCGACCGGCUGCAGCACUACAAGGGCGGCGUCUUCAACGCCGACGACUGUCCGCUGAAGCUGACGCAUAUGGUGCUGCUGGUGGGCUACACCGCCGACGCCUGGAUCCUCAAGAACAGCUGGGGGACAAAGUGGGGCGAGCGGGGCGGGUACUUUCGCCUGGCCCGGGGCAGCAAUGUCUGCAAUUUAAACUACGAGAUUACCUAUCCGCUGGUGUAG